GGCCGCUGGAUGCCGCGUCUCCGCUUCUGCAGCCUGCCGGGCGGGCUCCGGCGGCCGGUGAGCACGCAGCAAGGUGGGGUACAAGCGCCCUGUGCUAAGUACCCGUAAUCCUCCGGGGGUGCCCCCCCAAAGCAACACCCCACCAUGUUUAACCUAAUGAAGAAAGACAAGGACAAAGAUGGUGGGCGGAAGGAGAAGAAGGAGAAGAAGGAGAAGAAGGAGCGGAUGUCGGCCGCGGAGCUGAGGAGCCUCGAGGAGAUGAGCCUGCGUCGCGGCUUCUUCAACCUGAACCGCUCCUCCAAACGUGAGUCCAAGACACGCUUGGAAAUCUCCAACCCCAUCCCCAUCAAGGUGGCCAGCGGCUCUGACCUGCACCUGACUGACAUCGACUCCGACAGCAACAGGGGCAGCGUUAUCCUGGACUCAGGCCACCUGAGCACCGCCAGCUCAAGCGAUGACCUCAAGGGCGAGGAAGGCAGCUUCCGGGGCUCGGUGCUGCAGCGGGCGGCCAAGUUCGGCUCCCUGGCCAAGCAGAACUCACAGAUGAUCGUCAAGCGCUUCUCCUUCUCCCAGCGGAGCCGGGAUGAGAGUGCUUCAGAGACCUCCACCCCUUCCGAACACUCUGCUGCCCCAUCCCCGCAGGUGGAGGUGAGGACCCUCGAGGGACAGCUGGUGCAGCAUCCUGGCUCUGGCCUCACUCGGCCAGGGCCCCGGUCACGGGUCCCGGAGCUGGUGACGAAAAGGUUCCCAGCUGACCUGCGCUUGCCCCCCGUGGUGCCCUUGCCACCGCCCGCCCUCCGGGAGCUGGAGCUGCAGCGGAGGCCCACUGGAGACUUCGGCUUCUCCCUGCGCCGCACGACCAUGCUGGAUCGGGGUCCCGAGGGCCAGGUCUACCGGAGGGUGGUUCACUUUGCUGAGCCCGGCGCGGGCACCAAGGACCUGGCCCUGGGGUUGGUGCCAGGUGACCGGUUGGUGGAUAUUAAUGGGCACAACGUGGAGAGCAAGUCCAGGGACGAGAUCGUGGAGAUGAUCCGGCAGUCUGGGGACAGCGUGCGGCUCAAGGUGCAACCCAUCCCGGAGCUCAGUGAGCUGAGCCGGAGCUGGCUGCGGAGCGGCGACGGACCCCGCAGGGAGCCAGCUGAUCUGGACCCUGAGGCCGCCUCUCCUGCCCACAGCCAGGUGAAGACAGAAGAGCAGAUUGCCGCUGAGGAGGCCUGGUAUGAGACAGAGAAGGUGUGGCUGGUCCAUAAGGAUGGCUUCUCGCUGGGCAGUCAGCUCAAAUCUGAGGAGCUAAGCUUGCCAGAAGGGAAGGUGCGCGUGAAGCUGGACCAUGACGGCGCCAUCUUGGAUGUCGAUGAGGAUGAUGUGGAAAAGGCUAAUGCUCCCUCCUGUGACCGUCUGGAAGACCUGGCUUCGCUGGUCUACCUCAAUGAGUCCAGCGUCCUCCACACACUGCGCCAGCGCUAUGGUGCGAGCCUGCUGCACACGUACGCUGGCCCCAGCCUGCUCGUCCUCAGCCCCCGGGGGGCCCCCGCUGUGUACUCCGAGAAGGUGAUGCACAUGUUCAAGGGGUGUCGGCGAGAGGACAUGGCACCCCACGUCUACGCCGUGGCCCAGACCGCGUACAGGGCUAUGCUGAUGAGCCGCCAGGACCAGUCUGUCAUCCUCCUGGGCGCCAGUGGCAGCGGCAAGACCACCAGCUGCCAGCAUCUGGUGCAGUAUCUGGCCACCAUCGCGGGCACCAGUGGGAACAAGGUGUUUUCCGUGGAGAAGUGGCAGGCUCUGUACAGCCUUCUGGAAGCCUUUGGGAACAGCCCCACCAUCAUGAACGGCAACGCCACCCGAUUCUCCCAGAUCCUCUCCCUGGACUUCGACCAAGCCGGCCAGGUGGCCUCAGCCUCCAUCCAGACGAUGCUUCUGGAGAAGCUGCGUGUGGCUCGACGCCCAGCUGGUGAGGCCACGUUCAAUGUCUUCUACUACCUGCUGGCUUGUGGGGAUGGCACCCUCAGGACAGAGCUUCACUUGAACCACUUGGCAGAGAACAAUGUGUUUGGGAUUGUGCCACUGGCCAAGCCUGAGGAGAAGCAGAAGGCAUCUCAGCAGUUCAGUAAGCUGCAGACCGCCAUGAAGGUGUUGGGCAUCUCCCCAGAAGAACAGAAAGUCUGCUGGCUCAUCCUGGCUGCCAUCUACCACCUGGGGGCGGCAGGUGCCACCAAAGAGGCCCCUGAGGAGCAAGCGGAAGCUGCUGAAGCUGGGCGCAGGCAGUUUGCCCGCCACGAGUGGGCCCAGAAGGCCGCAUACCUGUUGGGCUGCAGCCUGGAGGAGCUGUCCUCAGCCAUCUUCAAGCACCAGCACAAGGGCGGCACCCUGCAGCGCUCCACCUCCUUCCGCCAGGGCCCUGAGGAGAGCAGCCUGGGAGACGGCACAGGCCCCAAACUGAGCGCACUGGAGUGCUUAGAGGGCAUGGCGUCUGGCCUCUACAGUGAGCUCUUCACCCUUCUUGUCUCUCUGGUGAACAGGGCUCUCAAGUCCAGCCAGCACUCGCUCUGCUCUAUGAUGAUUGUGGACACUCCAGGCUUCCAGAACCCGGAGCAGGGUGGGUCAGCCCGCGGAGCGUCCUUUGAGGAGCUGUGCCACAACUACGCCCAGGACCGGCUGCAGAGACUCUUCCACGAGUGCACCUUUGUGCAGGAGUUAGAAAGAUACAAGGAGGAGAACAUCGAGCUGUCAUUUGACGACUUGGAGCCCACUGUGAAUGAUUCCGUGGCAGCUGUGGACCAAGCCUCCCAUCAGUCCCUGGUCCGCUCGCUGGCACGCACCGACGAGGCAAGGGGCCUGCUCUGGCUGUUGGAGGAGGAGGCACUGGUACCAGGGGCCACCGAGGAUGCCCUCCUGGAGCGCCUUUUCUCCUACUAUGGCCCCCAGGAAGGUGACAAAAAAGGCCAAAGCCCCCUCCUGCGCAGCAGCAAACCACACCAUUUCCUCCUGGGCCACAGCCAUGGCACCAACUGGGUUGAGUACAAUGUGGCCGGCUGGCUGAGCUACACCAAACAGAACCCAGCCACCCAGAACGCCCCCCGGCUCCUGCAGGACUCCCAGAAGAAAAUCAUCAGCAAUCUGUUUCUGGGCCGGGCGGGCAGCGCCACGGUGCUGUCGGGCUCCAUUGCUGGCUUGGAGGGUGGCUCGCAGCUGGCCCUACGCCGAGCCACCAGCAUGCGGAAGACCUUCACAACAGGCAUGGCGGCUGUCAAGAAGAAGUCACUGUGCAUCCAGAUUAAGCUGCAGGUGGACGCCCUCAUUGACACCAUCAAGAAAUCAAAGCUGCACUUUGUGCAUUGCUUCCUGCCUGUAGCAGAGGGCUGGGCCGGGGAGCCCCGGUCUGCAGGCUCCCGCCGAGUCAGCAGCAGCAGCGAGCUGGACCUGCCCUCGGGAGAGCACUGUGAGGCCGGACUUCUGCAGCUGGACGUACCCCUGCUUCGUGCACAGCUCCGGGGCUCCCGCCUGCUGGACGCCAUGCGCAUGUACCGCCAAGGUUACCCGGACCACAUGGUGUUCUCUGAGUUCCGCCGCCGCUUCGAUGUCCUGGCCCCACACCUGACCAAGAAACACGGGCGCAACUACAUUGUGGUGGAUGAGAGGCGGGCGGUGGAGGAGCUUCUGGAGUCCUUGGACCUGGAGAAGAGCAGCUGCUGCAUGGGCUUGAGCCGGGUGUUCUUCCGGGCAGGCACGUUAGCUCGGCUGGAGGAGCAGCGGGACGAACAAACCAGCAGAAACCUAACCCUGUUCCAGGCGGCCUGCAGGGGCUACCUGGCCCGCCAGCACUUCAAGAAGAAAAAGAUCCAGGACCUGGCCAUUCGCUGUGUGCAGAAGAACAUUAAGAAGAACAAAGGGGUGAAGGACUGGGCCUGGUGGAAACUCUUUACCACCGUGCGGCCUCUCAUCGAGGUACAGCUGUCCGAGGAACAGAUCCGGAACAAAGACGAGGAGAUCCAGCAGCUGCGGAACAAACUUGAGAAGGUGGAGAAGGAGCGGAACGAGCUUCGGCUCAACAAUGACCGGCUGGAGACUCGGAUCUCAGAGCUGACAUCGGAGCUGACUGAUGAACGUAACACAGGAGAGUCCGCCUCCCAGCUGCUGGACGCCGAGGCCGCGGAGAGGCUCCGAGCCGAGAAGGAGAUGAAGGAGCUGCAGACCCAGUAUGAUGCACUGAAGAAGCAGAUGGAGGUGAUGGAGAUGGAGGUGAUGGAGGCCCGUCUCAUCCGGGCAGCGGAGAUCAACGGGGAGGUGGACGAUGAUGACACGGGCGGCGAGUGGCGUCUGAAGUACGAGCGAGCUGUGCGGGAGGUGGACUUCACCAAGAAGCGGCUCCAGCAGGAGUUCGAGGACAAGCUGGAGGUGGAGCAGCAGAACAAGAGGCAGCUGGAGAGGCGGCUCGGGGACCUGCAGGCAGACAGCGACGAGAGCCAGCGGGCCCUGCAGCAACUGAAGAAGAAGUCCCAACGGCUGACAGCCGAGCUGCAGGACACCAAGCUGCACCUGGAGGGCCAGCAGGUCCGCAACCACGAGCUGGAGAAGAAGCAGAGGAGGUUCGACAGCGAGCUCUCGCAGGCUCAUGAAGAGGCCCAGCGGGAGAAACUGCAGCGGGAGAAGUUGCAGCGGGAGAAGGACACGCUCCUCGCUGAGGCUUUCAGCCUGAAGCAGCAACUGGAGGAAAAAGACAUGGACAUUGCCGGAUUCACCCAGAAGGUUGUCUCCCUGGAGGCCGAACUCCAGGACAUUUCUUCCCAAGAGUCUAAAGAUGAAGCCUCUCUGGCCAAGGUCAAGAAACAGCUCCGGGACCUGGAGGCCAAGGUCAAGGAUCAGGAAGAGGAGCUGGAUGAGCAGGCGGGGACCAUCCAGAUGCUGGAGCAGGCCAAGCUACGUCUAGAGAUGGAGAUGGAGCGGAUGAGACAGACCCAUUCCAAGGAGGUGGAAAGUCGGGAUGAGGAAGUAGAGGAGGCCCGGCAGUCAUGUCAGAAGAAGUUGAAGCAAAUGGAAGUGCAGCUUGAGGAGGAGUACGAGGAUAAGCAGAAGGUGCUGCGAGAAAAGCGGGAACUGGAGAGCAAGCUUGCCACACUGAGUGACCAGGUGAGCCAGAGGGACCUGGAGUCCGAGAAGCGGCUCCGGAAGGACCUGAAGCGCACCAAGGCCCUGCUGGCAGAUGCCCAGAUCAUGCUGGACCACCUGAAGAACAACGCCCCCAGCAAGAGGGAGAUCGCCCAGCUGAAGAACCAGCUGGAGGAGUCCGAGUUCACCUGCGCCGCAGCGGUGAAAGCGAGGAAGGCCAUGGAGGUGGAGAUCGAAGACCUGCACCUACAGAUUGAUGACAUCGCCAAAGCCAAGACGGCGCUGGAGGAGCAGCUGAGCCGCCUUCAGCGUGAGAAGAAUGAGAUCCAGAGCCGGCUGGAGGAGGAUCAGGAGGACAUGAACGAGCUGAUGAAGAAGCACAAGGCGGCCGUGGCUCAGGCCUCGCGGGACUUAGCACAGAUGAACGAUCUCCAGGCCCAGCUAGAAGAAGCCAACAAGGAGAAGCAGGAGCUGCAGGAGAAGCUCCAAGCCCUCCAGAGCCAAGUGGAGUUCCUAGAACAAUCCAUGGUGGACAAGUCCCUGGUGAGCAGGCAGGAGGCUAAGAUCCGAGAGCUGGAGACCCGCCUGGAGUUCGAGAGGACCCAAGUGAAGAGGCUGGAGAGCCUGGCCAGCCGGCUCAAGGAGAACAUGGAGAAGCUGACAGAGGAGCGGGACCAGCGCACUGCCGCCGAGAACCGGGAGAAGGAGCAGAACAAGAGGCUCCAGCGGCAGCUCCGGGACACCAAGGAGGAGAUGGGCGAGCUCGCCAGGAAGGAGGCGGAGGCAAGCCGCAAGAAGCACGAACUGGAGAUGGAUCUGGAGAGCCUAGAGGCGGCUAACCAAAGCCUGCAGGCCGAUCUAAAACUGGCAUUCAAGCGCAUUGGGGACCUACAGGCCGCCAUCGAAGAUGAGAUGGAGAGCGACGAGAAUGAGGACCUCAUCACCAGUUUGCAGGACAUGGUGACAAAGUAUCAGAAAAGAAAGAAUAAACCCGAGGGGGACUCAGAUGUGGACUCGGAGCUGGAGGACCGCGUCGACGGAGUCAAGUCAUGGUUGUCGAAAAACAAGGGGCCUUCCAAGGCAGCUUCUGAUGACAGCAGCUUGAAGAGUUCCAGCCCUACCAGCUACUGGAAGUCCCUUGCCCCUGACCGGUCAGAUGAUGAGCACGAACCUUUGGACAGCACCUCCAGGCCACGAUACUCCCAUAACUAUCUGAGUGACAGCGACACAGAGGCCAGACCGACAGAGACCAACGCAUAGCCCAGGGGAGUGGUCUGUACCUCUUGUACCCCCCGGGCCUCUGCUGCCAUGGCGCCUCUCCCAGGGAGUGGCAGGGCACAGGUCUCCCCCACCAGACUGCUGAUCCGCAUGGGAAACAUCCUCCCCCCCCAGGUCUGGGGGGCUUUCCACGCUGCGGGUGCCUGACAUCUCCAUAUGGACGAGGUGGGGGGGUGGGCAGAGCAGAGAGGAGUUCCUGAAAAGAGAACUUUUUGCUCCUUCUGCCUCCAAAAUGCCACACUCUGUGGGCAGUGGCAGGUGGCUUUGGCACGGCAUGGAGCCAGCAAGCUGACCUCCAUCUCAGCCCCCUGCUCAGGGACGGUGGACACAUUGCCUGCUGGGACACUCUAGGUUGCUGGGUCCACGGGGAGGAGUCGGGGGCAGGAACAGCCAUUCCUCCCUAUUGCCCCCGCUUCCCACAGCCCCCUGCUUGGGGUGAGGGCUUUCUCUUCUCAGUGCCUGCUGUCUUUUUACUUUUAAUUUAAAUACCCAACCUCUCCAUCACAGCUGCAUCCCUGAGAGUGGGAGGGGGCCGUGAUGGCAGCUGGAGUUUGCAGG